AAAUGUCAUUCGUGGAAUGAAGCAAAUUGUUUAUUCCCAUGUGGUAUUGAAAAAUGGACGCGCACAUGAUUCUGUGAGGUUUUGAAAAUGUUUUCAUUUAAUGUUUGCAUACGUUGAGCGUUAAAAAUCGACGGAAUUGUGAAAAAGCGUUGAGUGAAAAUGACAGAUAUGCCUCCUUAUCUCGCGCUUAACGAUGAUGAGGAUAACAGUGGAGAGCCUGAUAGUGACUCCUCGGAUUUUGAGGAUGAUCUGGUUCUAAGUUUUGACAAACCGAGGCACUUGGAGCCCAUAAAGGGAGCCGAGCGCGAAGAACACUCGUGGAGAGUCAAAGAAAAGUACAAGACCCACUGUGUUGCACUGGUGUUGUGCCUUAAUGUGGGCGUUGAUCCUCCGGAUGUUGUCAAGACGCAACCUUGUGCCAGGCUGGAGUGCUGGAUAGAUCCGAAUUCACUGUCUCCGACCAAGGCUUUAGAGACUAUAGGACAUGCUCUACAAACGCAGUACGAGCGCUGGCAGCCGCGCGCGCGAUACAAACAGUCCUUGGAUCCCACAAGUGAUGAGAUCAAAAAACUUUGCUGCUCGUUGCGGCGGAACGCGAAGGAGGAGCGCGUCCUGUUUCACUACAACGGACACGGCGUGCCCAAGCCGACGUCGCAGGGAGAGAUUUGGGUAUUUAAUCGGGCUUACACCCAGUACAUUCCGCUGUCCAUGUACGAUCUGCAGACGUGGAUGGGCGCCCCGUCGCUGUACGUGUACGACUGCUCCAACGCCGGAGUCAUCGUUGACAACUUCAAGCAGUUCGCGGAGCAGCACGAGAGGGAUUACGAGAUGCAGGCGAGCGCGGCGGGCGCGACGGGAGCGGCCGGGCCGGCGCCGGUGUGCUACCGGAACUGCAUCCAGCUGGCGGCGUGCGCGGCCGGCCAGAGCCUGCCCAUGUCGCCCGAGCUGCCGGCCGACCUGUUCACGGCGUGCCUCACCACGCCCGUCAAGAUGGCCAUCAAGUGGUUCGUGCUGCGCACGCGCCUGCGCGUCGCGCGCGCCGACCUCGUCGACCUCAUCGACAAGAUCCCCGGUCAGGUGACCGACCGCCGGACGAUGUUGGGCGAGUUGAACUGGAUCUUCACGGCCAUAACUGACACCAUCGCGUGGAGCUCGCUACCCCCGGACCUGUUCCAGCAGCUAUUCCGGGCGGAUCUCCUCACCGCUAGCCUGUGCCGAAACUUCCUGCUGGCCGACAGGAUCAUGAGGUCGUACAACUGCACGCCCGUGUCGUCGCCGGCGCUGCCGUCGCUGGCGCGCCAUCCGCUGUGGGCGGCGUGGGAGCACACUCUGGACCUGGCGCUGGCGCAGCUGCCGGCGCUACUGGAGCGCCCGCACCACCACUACCGGCACUCGCCCUUCUUCCGCGACCAACUCACCGCCUUCCAGCUGUGGCUCGACCUCGGGAAUUGGUCGGUGUCGCGGCCGCCGCCCGACCAGCUGCCCAUGGUGCUGCAGGUGCUGCUGAGCACGCUGCACCGUGUGCGCGCGCUGCAGAUCCUGUGCCGCUUCCUGUCGCUGGGCGCGUGGGCCGUGCGCGCCGUGCUGGCCGUGGGCAUCUUCCCCUACAUGCUCAAGCUGCUGCAGGCUUCCGCGCACGACCUGCGCGCCUCCAUGGUCUACAUCUGGGCCAAGAUCAUUGCCGUGGACCCCACUUGUCAAGUCGAUUUGGUGAAUGCAAAAGGUCACAAGUACUUCUUAUCCAUACUGCAAGACCCAUCGGUUGAUACUGAACAUCGGACACUGGCUGCAUUCGUUUUAGCUGGCAUCGUCGACAACUACCCGGCGGGACAAGAGGCAGCUUUGCAGGGCUCGAUGAUAUCGGCGUGCCUCGAGCAGCUGGGCGAGGGCGCCGAGCGCGCGGGCUGGCGCCUGCAGCAGUGGGCCUGCAUCGGCCUGGGCCGCCUGUGGCGCGGCUGGGACGCGGCGCGCUGGGCCGGCGUGCGCGACCUGGCGCACGAGAAGCUGGCGGCGCUGCUGCCGCACCCGCGGCCCGAGGUGCGCGCCGCCUGCGCCUUCGCGCUCGCCGCCUUCGUGUCGGCCGGCGCCGCCGCGCCCGCGCGCACCGACCACGCCAACGCGCUCGACCAGCAGGUGGCCGUGCAGCUGGCGGCGCGCCUGCGCGACGACGCUUCGCCGCUCGUGCGCGCCGAGAUCCUCGCCGCGCUCCAGUGGAUGGUUUUAAUAUUCGAGCAACACUUCAUCGCCGUGUACAUCAACGAGAGGGUGCGCCGCAGCGACAGUGGCCGUGUGCGCAGGGAGAGCGGGCGCGGCGGGCGCGCGGGGCGCGUGGACACGGGGCAGGACGCGCUGGCGGCCGCGCGCACGCCGCCCGCCGCGCGCGCGCCGCACGCGCUGCCGCCCGCGCUCGCGCUGCCCGCCAUCGGUUUCGGGUCGGUGUACAUGAAGCUGUGGGGCACGCUGUGCGCGAUGGCCCGCGAGCCGCACCCGCAACUGGCACAGAUGGCAGCCGACAUCAUCGCGUACGUCUCUAACCAGGUAGACAGCGUCGGCCGCGACGUGGAGCGUCAUCCGCCACACUCGCAUAGCGGUGGGGGGUCUAGUUCGCUGCCGCCGUCGCCUAACACUCGAGCACCGCACGCGCACCACGACUCGCGCACGUUACCGCACAUGGGUCACCGCCGGGGAAAGUCUGGUCUCCCGCACACAAUAUCAGAGGACUCGGUGGCGCAUCGUGACCGCGAACGAGACUCGACCUCCUCUAAUUCUAGUCAAUCGACGAAGAAAGUGAUAGUAUCGACACAGUUCGUGGAGUGGGCGACGGCGCAGUUCGCACGCGGGGACGCGUCGGGCGGCGCCACGGGCCCCUUCGCGGCGGCGCAGGCCGGCGACGGCGCGGCGGCGGGUGCGGAGGGCGCGGGGGCGGGCGCGGGCCACGCGGCGCGCUCGCCCGCCGACUGCGAGAGCCGCGCGCACCACGAGCGCGUGUGGCGCCGCGCGCGCAACCGCAGCAUCCGCCGGGAGGCCCGCGCCCUGCGCGCGUCGCACCCGCCCCGCCUGGAGACGGUCGCGUUCCACUCGCGCUGCCCGCUGCCACCGGCGGUGGUGCUGUUCCACCCCUACGAGCAGCACGCCGCGCUCGCUUCCAAAGAAAAUUUCGGGAUCUGGGACUGGGGCACGGCGGCCAAGCUUUGCGUCGGAUCGUGGAGACGCGCGUGGGGUCGCAUCACGUCGCUGGCCUACCUCAACGCGCACCACCACGCACUGCUAGCCGUCGCCUCGCACCAGGGACACCUCGCCAUCUACAGGCCGUCGGGCAGCGGCAUGGAGCCGGCGCUGGUGUCGGCGUGGCGGGCGCUCGACGUGCGGCCGGCGCCCGACUACCGCCCGCCCUCCGCGCAGCCGCUCUACAGUCUGGCGCAGCUGGUCACGGAGCAGUUCGCGCCGGCCGACGAGCGGAGUGGCAGCAAGGGGAUGCUCUCUGACCCAAACAUGGGGGGCAGCGCGCCGCCCUCGGGCACCCUGCUGUGCUGGAGCGCGUCGCGACGCUCGCUGGCGCUGGCCGGCCAGGCCGCCACCGUGCGCCUGUGGGACGCGCACGCGGAGCUGCUGCAGGCCGACAUACCCACUGAGUGCGAGGCGGCGGCGACGUCGCUGUGGCGCGGCGGGCGCGCGGCUCGCGUGCUGGCCGGCUUCGGCGACGGCUCGGUGCGCGCGUGGGACGAGCGCGCGCCGCGGGCGACGACGGCGCUGCGCGCGCACGCCGCGCCCGUGCUGUGCGCCGCGCCGCGCGACGACGCGCACGCGCUGGUGACGGGCGCGGCCGACGGCGAGGUGCGCGUGUACGACGCGCGCAAGCUGGCGCGGCCGCUGCACGUGCUGCGCGCGCCGGCGCCGCUGGCCGCGCUCGCCGUGCACCCGCGCGCGCCGCUCAUCGCCUGCGGGUCGGUGAAUCAGUGCAUCAGCAUUUACGACUUAAAGGGCGGUGCGCUCAACACCAUAAAGUUUCACGAAGGCUUCAUGGGGGCUCGCAUAGGGCCCGUCUCCUGUCUCGCCUUCCAUCCGCUCAGAUGUGCCCUGGGGGUUGGCUCCAAGGACUCCACGGUGUCGGUGUACGUGUCUGAGGCGCGUCGGUGACCCUCGCUCUACGGGCUGGCGCUGCCGCUGCCCUUCGCGCAGUGACAGCGCACUCGCCUCUGUCGCCAUCACCACCGCCACCACCAUUUCCGCCAUCACUAUCGUCAUGUACACGCACGCAGGAAUAUCAAGAAGUUCAGCUGAGGAUAACGACAUUGAAAAUCCUCGGAAACACUCGCACUCAGUUUUCCGAGAUACGAAUCGAAGUGCGCGAGCUUGCAUAUUCCUUAAACAAACUAAAGUACGUUUGGUAUUGCGGAUACACUACAGGUUGUUCUAACAUAAGCUUAUGUUAUAUUUAUACAUAACCAUCACCGCCAAGAAAAUUAAUGUAGAUUCUUAAGUAAGCUUAGUUGAGCCCUAUAUACAUUGCACGCGCACAUACUCUUCCAAAUCACAAUACUACAACUUAUCUUAUCCUAAUAAAAUAAUUAUGAAUAUCUUUUCAAAAUCUAGCAAAACUUUCUCUCAGUCUUCUAUACUAGAAAUAUUAAAGUUUAUACAUUUGGACGAGUAUGUGUGUAUAAAAUUGACUUCCAAUAUUUUAGAAAUAAGUUUGCAAGUCGACUCAUAGAAGAACGCAUGUAGUAGCUCCCUGAAUAGCUCCCACCGACAUAAAACACCCCCCCGUCCGUUCGUAAUGUUCUAGUCAAUAUUUAAUAUUUAUUUUCUGUGCAUUAUAAAUGAUACAUUUCACUUCUACUUCUGAACAGUUCUUAAUUUAUUUUCAUAUUUAAAAAAAUAUAUAAGUAUGUGUAACUCUGAGCUCUGAACAACAUUAGUUAAACGAUAUUUUCUGUUUUCAUCUAAACCUGACACUAUUUUACAGUACGAGUCCCACCGAUUUUUUAACAUGAGUGCCAUAAAUUGAACAACAUUCAAUCACACAUCUUAUCUUAUGAUAUACAAACGAGCUACCUAUACAACAUGUUUUCAACGAGAUCUACUCAGGGAACUAACUGCUACUGAAACUUACUUUAGUAACGACGGUAUCAACCAAUGGUGUUGCCAGGUCGAAAUAAAAACAUUGAAAAAAGAUAUUCCAUUUCGAAAAAUUCGGGUGAUAUUUUUUUAUUGUACUGCGGAUACAAAUUCUUUCACGAUAAUUGUUACUUUUCCAAAUAUUGUUUACUUGAUUUCAAAAACUUGAAGUUAACCGCGAUCAAUUUAGGUGCUAAGGUUUAUUUGUAUAUUAUUUAACAAUUAAAGAGAUAUGAGCAAUAUGUACAUUAAUAACGAGGUGGUGAGCUAUUUAUCUUUUUUCUAAAAUAAUACUGAAAAAAAUGGCAAGAUAAUUGAUAAACAUUACCACAAAUAAAUAGUCUUAAUGUACAAGUUACUGACUUACGCAAAAAAAUUAUAAACGAUUAGGUCGCAGUUUCCUGCGUAGAAAUAUUCAUAUGAAAUGAUGUCGCGCGAUUAACAAACAAAUCAGUUAAAUGAUGCAACUUAUUUAGCCAAAUAUAUCUUUGUAUAUUAACCGUAACGUACUCUAAGUGUAGGACACGAUAGAUGUAAUUAAUAUAGCGCGUCAAUAACGAGCGUCGCCGUGUUAAACUUAAGUGAAUGCAAUACGAGAGUUAUUUAGUGUUCGAUGAUGGCGUCUCGGGGCCGGAGCCGUGUUAAAACCAUCAUUCCUCAACGUUUGCGUUCCUCGCUCACAAGAAAAUAUCGAUUUUAUUUACAGGUGCCUUAAAUUUGUUCUCUCGUCUAUGUCUCGUGUGUACUCACCAAUUUAGUCUAAAGUUGACUCUGAAAAAUAUAUAAUAAUGAUGAUUUUAACAUAAUCCGCGGGAUACUAGGGAAUUAUUUAAGCAUUUUAAGCGGAACUUAGCGAAAUAUUAGCAUUUUACGUAGCACGUCUCAACGAAAAAGUGUUCAAGAGGUGCUACCUGAUAUAUUUACAAUACUGUUUAAUAUUAUACUCCAAUGGCUGCUUGUGUUCUUCCCUCAACUGUGACUACGUAAGAAAUAACAAUCUAAACGUGCAUUCGCUGCGUCGUAUACUCAGUCACUCUAUUUAAAGGUUUUUUUUUAUUUUAUUUUAUUUUCAGAUGUAAAGUUUGUGAUUAGUGAUCAGAAAGUUCCUAAAACUCAAUUGUUAUUAGAUGCCAUUUUUUUUUAUUUAAGUUUUUAUAACUACGUAACAGCUGGAUAUUUUGUGUUCUUUUGUUUUAAUUAGAUUUUACAAAUUAUGUUGUUGUUCGAAGUUUUAUUUAGGUUUAUACCGAAUGAGUGAAAUUAAUCUGAUGUAGCUCUAGUUUUAGGUAAACGAUAAUAAGCAUUUAACGAUUUAUUUACUUAAAUAAUAGGUAUUUAAAGAACAAGUUCAGUAUGUUGAUGAAAUCAAUGUAAUCGUGGACUCGCGGCGUUGUUCGUUAUACCAAAUAAUGUGACAACUGAUACAAAUUAUUCAAAGCUGGACACCAUUUAAAAGGUAGCUUGAUAACAUGUAAAAUUAAGUUUCGAUUAUGAAUUGGUUUAUAUCAUCGCUUUUACUAUAUUGUGUAAUUUAAAAUGUACAUUUUACAUAAUAAUAUUGUUGUUGUUAAAAUAAAACGAAGUGCAUAUAUAA